CGUGACAGACCCUAAUUACGCCCAACCUCAUUCCCUCGAUUUAUGACACUCUAUUAGCUCUCCAUACGAUCUUGGCCAAGUAACCUAUCUGCGAAGACCGAGCUUGUUAUACACAGAGUAAAAGGGUUGCUCUUUUUUGGCUUAAAGCGCAACGCCCAAUUGAUGUUAGCAAUAUAACAUACAACAAGCAAGGUCUGCUGUGCAGUCUUCUGCGAGUUCUGUUUUCUGCGAUUACGACUACCAGCUUUCCCAUAACCUGGCACACGCCGAGCGACGUACAUCCGCUGAGCUUCUACACCGUCCAAGAUCGAGUCUCUUGAAGGCUAAGCAGUCACUACCGGGUUGCCUGAGGGGUCAAGCGUAAUCUUCGUAGACAGUUGCGAUGGGUACACUCCCACCGUUCCCGGAGCCGCCACGCGGCAUUCGGCUCGAGGAACGUGCCCCAUCAAUUACUACUUUGAUUCUGGACGGUGUGAAAGGCGCAUCACCUGGAAGCGCUGGUCCUGUUUGUGCGCGAGACAUCGGUUUGGCGGUUCAGGCGGACAUGCCGACCUCGAGGUUCAGUGGCUUCGCGGCUGAUGCGCCUACAAGUCAAAUGCGGCCGCAGCCUUCGCCAUUUGCCGCUGCUGCCAACUGCGACUGUGCGGAUGCGUGUUCGACUGCUGGCGACGAAGAUGUGCAGUCGCAGUCUCACGCGCACGUCGCACAUCAGGCCACGGAUGCUUUGCGCCCUACUACUCCUGGUUCACCGUUCGAGUCCAUCGCUGCCACUGCUGUUCCUUCAUCCCCUCGCCCACUCGACAGCGCGUUGCACGAGCGUGCUGGGGAUCACGUCGCAGCGCCUGGUUUGCCCAUAAACUCUCGUCGCUGGGCGCAUGCUUCGCUUCCAGAUCUUUGGCGCCAGGCUGAGGGUUGCAACUGCGCCCAUGAUUCGGAACCAGUCGGCCUUGUUAUGCCUCUGUCGGCAUCCAACGCUGCUCUAGACAUCGAUGGUGCUGACAACCAUGGAAGUGGCCUCUUCGCCCCGACGUCUGGCGCGUCCGAUGGCGCCUAUCUUUCAGUAUCAAUGCAGCAGCACCUUCAGUCGCUGCUGCCCGAGGUAACGCGUACCGUCCUGCCGGGGCUGCUACCGUCCCUGUUGCCCACUGCCAUGGCAGCGGCGCUGCCGGCGGCAUCAGCCGCCGCCUCGACCGCUGGCGGGGCUGAAGCUCUGGCCUCUGCCGUGCCGGCCGUGCUGGAGGCCGCGUUGCCCGCGGCACUGGUGGCGGCCCUUCCAAAAGCUGUCUCUACAAUUCUUUCCGCCCUGCUCAAGACGCCUGCCACCGCCUCCAUCAAGGCCCACGCCAGCGACUUUUUCCCGGUUGGGGCUUCUAUGUCGACCAUUCCGUCGCUGUGCAGUGACGCCUCCGUGAUUGCGGCUGCUAACGUGCCGCAUGUUCCGGGCCCCGAGGAGCGCCAGCCCUCCCUGGACCAGCAAGGCGCCGCAGAGCUGCAGUUGGUGCGGAUGCUGUUCGGCGCUGACAGCAUGGAUCCCCAGGCACAAGGCACCGCUGCUGCAGCCACCAAGAAGCCUGCAGCUCUGGAGGUCGCCGCCGACGGAACGGGUGCUGCAUGCGGUGAGGUUAGCCCGGCUGGCAGCGUGGGUGGCGGUGCUGCUGGCAGCCGCGCGGGAAGCCCCACUGGCAGUGCGGGCAACCCUGCGGUCGUUGAUGCCACAGCGGCGAUUCAAGUACGCCAAGACCGUUCGUCGGCACCUUCCGAGAACGUUGCCGCCGCCGUCAUUUCUCCACGCAGGCCUUCAUUCCAUGCUCUGCCAGGCUCUUCUAGCGACGACGUUGCGGCAUCGCUAGCAUCUGCUGCGGCUGCCGGCAACAUCUUCUCCCGGCGGCUGUCGGAUACCGCCAACUACGGAUCGGCAUCCGGGGAUGCGUCGCAUAAUGCCCGCGUCACCGCCCCCGCGACCGCUAAGGACAGCCACCACGGCCACGGCCACCACAAGCACCACGGCAAGGGGGCCGCGCACAGCCACAGCAGCGGCGGCAGCGGCCAUGCUGACGAUGCGGUCAGCAGCGUUGACGACGCCCUCAGCAUCUGCAGUGGCGGCGACGUGCCUUCCCCCUACAACGAGCUCUGCCCCGCCGGUCUUCAGACCCUUAACAGCGGGCCUAACAGCGUCCUCCUCAGCGCCGGCGGCAGUGGUAUCGAUCUGAGUGCCGUUGCAGGUGCUACAGCAGAUGCCGCCGCAGCUGGUUUGUACGGCAUCAGUCGCGAUGCGCUGUUAGACAGACUUCAGCAGCUUCAGUUGCAGCCUCAGCAUGCUCCCACUGGGGCUCCUUCCUCACCUUCUCCUGCCGAGCUGCUCAUGGCUGCCGCAGCGGGCGGUCAGCUAGGUUCGCAGGUGCCUACCUCCCAGGCCGCCGCAACGGCCGCCGCCGCGGCAGCGGCGCUGCUUGCGCAGCAACAGCAGCAACACCACCAACAACAGGCCGCUGCUGCCGCCGCUGCACAGCAGCAAUUGCAGCAGCUGCAACAACUACAGGCUCUGGUCAACAACUCCCGUUCUAUGGUGGGCAUGAGCGAGCAGGACAUUGCACCGCCGUCACCACCCCUGGCGGCCGCGGCGGCCGGUGACAUCCAGUGGCGUCGCCCCUCGGGCACCGGUGCCUAUGGAACCACCGAGCUUUGGCAGCAGGAUGCCGACGCGCUGGGGUUCGCUGCUGCAGCUUCACUGGCGCUUGGACAGCAGCAACAGCAGCAAGCCGUCGCUGCUGCCGGACUCCUGCAGCAGCAACAGCAGCAGCAACAACAACAACAACAGCUGCUCGCACAGUCCCUGGCGGCGGUUGCCGCCGCCAACGUGGCUGGCCGGCAGUUGCGCACGGAAGAUCUGCUUGCCUUUGGCGGCGCAGCCACCGCUGGUCUGCAGCUACCGGCAGCGGCGGCAGCCGCUGCUGCUGCGGGCUUGGGUGGCUCUGCUGCCGCAGCGCAGCUAGCCGCUGUGGCGGCGGCAGCAGCCGCCCCAGGCGGUGCAGGCGCCGCCGACCUCGCAGCUUUCAUGGAUGCUGCCCUGCGUCGCAUGCUGCUGGUCAGCCCCCAGGUCGCUUCGGAGCUCGCUCGCGCUUGUGGUGCUUUUAGCGGCGCACAUGCGCAGCUGCAUCAUUUGUGCUGUGUGAUUGCGGAGCAGCUGCUGGAUGUGGCGGCGAUGGCGCCCGAGGUGGCUGCUGCUCUGCUGCGAGCGCUGGCAGCGCACCGUGCACGUGGCGCGCAGGCGACGGACGUCGACCCGCGUGUGAUGGGACGUAUCCUGCAGCUGCUGAGGGCUGGUCCCGCCGGUCGGCAGCUGUGUCUGGUGUCUCUAGAGCAGUGGGUGGACGGCCUCAGCCGCAUUCACAAGCGCCGAGCCUACCUGGACACCAUCCUGCACAACUACCAGCUCACGCUCAAGAGGCUGGUGCAGGCCAUGGGACACCAGGUCCAUGCCGUCAACAUGUCCCUCCCACGCCAGCUGCUCAAUGAUCUGUCUCCGCGCGCGCUGCUGCUGCUGACGGCGGAGCUGGCGCCCUACCCGCUGCUGCAGCCGCGGCGCUGGUCGGAGGAGAUCAUCUGGACCAUCACCCAGAUGCACGCCAUGGGCAUCGAGAUGCCCACCACACCCGCCUGCCUGGCCGCGGCUCCAGGGGUGGCCACCGCCGCAGGCGGCCAGGUCCCUACCAGCUCCUUCCAGUGGGAGAUGCGUCGCGCGCUGGCCGCAACCGCGGAGGACAUUGCCGCCGCGGGCGGUGCGGCGGUGGCGUGCGGCCAGUCGCCGCCUGGCAGCGCUGCGGCGGCGGGUCAGCUGGCGGCGGCUGCAGGUCUGGCGGGGCAGCCGGGAUCUGGGUCAGCGAGCGGCUCCACCACGCCGGGCGGCACGGCGGUUCCCUGGGCUGCGCACGCGGCGCUGCACCGGCACCUGCUGCUGGGGCUGCGCCGCGUGCAGUCGCGGUUCUUCAGCGAGCGGCUGCGCAAGGUGCACGGCCUGUACGGCGAUGCUGUGGAGUUGCUGCUGCGUCAGUCGCUGCCUCAGGACGUGCUGGUCCCGGAGCGCGAGGUGGUGGUACUGGUGGCGGUGCUGCUCAUGCUGGAGUGCCGCAUGCGCCCAGAUGACUUCGACGCCGCGUUCGGCCGCGACCUGCAGCGCUGUCUGGCAGUGUCGCCUGCAGAGGAGGUUGCGGCACGGCUCAGGUGUGGUCUGGUGCCCGACUCGCCACUUCGCAUCGACCCGCACAAGAGCCGGGCGCUGUCGCAGCUGCUGAAGCUAGGCACAUUGCCCGGCCAGGCGCCGUUUUGAGGCACAGCAGGCGUAUGACGUCCUUUGGCUUCCGUUUUGUGUGACGGCGCCGGUCCACGACAGCUAUUUGUGGCCCUAUAAACAUAGGGCGUGUUAGGGACGGGGAGGCGGGGAUACUGACUCUGAAGUCACUCUGCUUUGGAAGGACAUGAGGCGUGUGGGCCAACAAGGUUUGUUCCUUGUGUGGGUUUGUUGGUUGCUUUAGCGGUUAGGAGAUUUUCUUCAGGUCGUAUCUUGUCAUCGAUGGCGAUUGGUGUCUCUUUGCGGAAGGGCAGAGCAUGCCGAGCAUUUGGCUAUUCAAUCGGGCGGAAGCUGCUUUGCCUGUCCGUCACAAGUGGUUUCAUUUCUGAGUAAAACUAUUACGAUCGUCGAAACACUUACCGGGAACCCUGUUUAAAAGCCUCUACCUACUCAUAUAACGCUAGUCUGAUCCAUUUUCCGGAUAGGACUAAGUCUGGGUGCAUGUGGUGUGGCUUUUUGCUGAAGGCGGAGGGCGGGUGGAGGGCAGGGCGGACGCGCACUUGCCGGUGCCAGUAAUAGAUUUGUGAAACCAUUAUGUCAAGAGGAAAUUUAUAGUAAGCUGUGAGGUGGCAUUCAUUUUGGGGGCCGUGUGGAAAACUUUUUUCUGGCUUCUGCGCUUUUGGGCACGCCUGGGUGGUCUUAUAUGGCAUGUUUCGGCUCUUAUAAGGGAGAUGCAACUGUUGUCGCCUAUCAAGGGGACGAGGGAGCUCCUGAUGAGCUGAUCAUGUACCGAGCCCUUUCGCACGGGCAGAUGCUGAUUGAUAUGCGGUAGUGGGGAAUCUGUCGUCGGUUGCCUUGUUGGAAGCAAGUUGGCCGCCAAGAGGCGCGAGGUUUGUGUGCUUCUGGGUGGGCCGUGUUGGGGGCUUCGCGUUUUUGAGAGAAGUUCAGAACUGCCCUGUUUGUGUUUUCUGGCUGGUUCGGUUGCGUUGGCUGCCUGUGUCUGGGGGCUCGGCUCUGUUCCCGGCCGGCGGUUGGCGCUGCGGCAACUUUCUUAUGUCGUCGUAGGAGUGCUGCAUGCU